AUGGAGGAGAAAGUAUUUGCAAUGUUAGAUGACUUUGUUGAUAAAAUAAGUGAAGAAAAUGUUGUUCAGGUGGUCACCGAUAAUGCUUCUAGGGAGAUGUUGAUACAAAAGAGAAAGAAACUAUUUUGGACACCAUGUGCAACUCAUUGUAUAGAUCUAAUGUUGGGGGAUUUUGAGAAAAACAUUGAAGAACAUAAGGUGGCAAUUACAAAGGGAAGAAAGAUAACAAGUUUCAUCUAUAAUAGGUUACAAUUGAGCAACAAGGUUACAAAAGGGAAAGAGCUUCUUAGGCCUGGAGCAACAAGAUUUGUCGCAUCUUAUCUUACAAGCAACAAGGUUACAAAAGGGAAAGAGCUUCUUAGGCCUGGAGCAACAAGAUUUGUCGCAUCUUAUCUUACAGUUGGUCACUUGUUUGAGCUGAAAGGUGCAUUGAUCUCGUUUUUUCCAUCUGAAAAAUGGUUGUCUACUAAAUAUGCAAGGAAUAACACCGAAAUAUAUGUUGAGGAUAUAGUUAUGGACACUGCAGGAUUUUCGUCAUCAGCUAUCACAUGUCUUAGGGCCGCGGAACCCUUAAUGACGGUUCUUCGAUUGGUUGGUUCAGAUUCUAAACCAGCUAUGGGUUUCAUUUACCAAGCCUUGGUUAAUGAAAAGAAGGAAAUUAAAGAAAACUUCAAAGAUAUCCAAACAAGGUAUGGAACUAUUGAUGAUAGAUGGUAUAAUCAAAUGAAUAGGGCAAAACAUGUGGCGGGUUAUUACUUGAACCCACAUAUGCAAUAUAGCGAUGAUUUCAAGAAAAAUGGUUGGAUCAAAAGGUACAUUCUAAGAGAAGAAAUCAACUACAACAACAAAAGAUGA